AACGGCGAGCUUCCGCCAAUGCUUGUUCUCGUUCUUGGUUCCGAGCGUCCCGGGAGCCGGGAAGGGAAGGAUUGUCUGCAGGGAUUGGAGCAAAUAUCCAGUGGGGGGAAAGGCGGGACUUCCGCGUCUUGCCGGAAGUGACGUGACAAUCGCGGCCACCGCCAGGUGGAACGGCAGGUGGGUUCAGGUACCAGCCUGGCCGGGACCCGGCUGUGGGACCAACGCUUCCGGUGAGCGACAGAGGCAGCUCCCCAGGGCCUGGAGACCCGUGGGGCGGGCUCUGGGAUCUGAGCCCAUCGCCCUGGCCUGGAGCCCCUCUUUGUACCUAUUCCCCAUUCCCCUACCGAGCUGGGCAGUUAGCCAGCCCACUCCAACUCUCGGAACCAUGUUUGCAGACUUGGAUUAUGACAUCGAAGAGGAUAAACUCGGAAUCCCGACUGUGCCUGGGAAGGUGACCCUGCAGAAGGAUGCUCAGAACCUGAUCGGAAUCAGCAUUGGAGGAGGGGCCCAGUACUGUCCCUGCCUCUAUAUCGUCCAGGUAUUUGACAACACCCCAGCAGCCUUGGACGGCACAGUGGCAGCUGGCGAUGAGAUCACCGGUGUCAAUGGCAGGUCAAUCAAAGGGAAAACUAAGGUGGAGGUGGCGAAGAUGAUUCAGGAGGUGAAGGGGGAGGUGACCAUCCACUACAACAAGCUGCAGGCGGACCCCAAGCAGGGCAUGUCCCUGGACAUUGUGUUGAAGAAAGUCAAGCACCGGCUGGUGGAGAACAUGAGUUCAGGGACCGCAGAUGCUCUGGGCCUGAGCCGGGCCAUCCUGUGCAAUGAUGGGCUUGUCAAGAGGCUAGAGGAGCUGGAGCGGACCGCCGAACUGUACAAAGGGAUGACGGAACACACCAAGAACCUCCUACGGGCCUUUUAUGAGCUGUCGCAGACUCACCGGGCCUUUGGGGACGUGUUCUCCGUGAUCGGGGUGCGGGAGCCCCAGCCAGCUGCGAGCGAGGCUUUUGUGAAGUUCGCCGAUGCCCACCGCAGCAUCGAGAAGUUCGGCAUUCGGCUUCUGAAAACCAUCAAGCCAAUGCUGACGGAUCUGAACACGUACCUCAACAAAGCCAUCCCGGACACUCGCCUCACCAUCAAGAAGUACCUGGACGUGAAGUUUGAGUACCUGUCGUACUGCCUGAAGGUGAAGGAGAUGGAUGACGAGGAAUACAGCUGCAUUGCCCUAGGCGAGCCCCUUUACCGGGUGAGCACCGGCAACUAUGAGUACCGCCUGAUCCUGCGCUGCCGCCAGGAGGCGCGCGCCCGCUUCUCCCAGAUGCGCAAGGAUGUGCUGGAGAAGAUGGAGCUGCUGGACCAGAAGCACGUCCAGGACAUCGUGUUCCAGCUGCAGCGCCUCGUGUCCACCAUGUCUAAGUACUACAACGACUGCUACGCAGUGCUGCGGGAUGCCGACGUCUUCCCCAUCGAGGUAGACCUGGCGCACACCACAUUGGCCUAUGGCCUCAACCAGGAGGAGUUCACAGAUGGGGAGGAGGAGGAGGAGGAAGACACGGCAGCUGGGGAGCCCUCCAGGGAUACACGAGGGGCUGCUGGGCCCUUGGACAAGGGUGGAAGCUGGUGUGACUCCUGAGUGCCCCGCGGGUGUGGUGCCGGGGGCAGGGUGCGUGGGAGGACGGAGCCUGGGAGCGGGGCGGGGCCGCCGCGCAAGGGGGCGAUGCAUAAAGGCCUGCUGGCUUGGGGCGCCUGCCUCCCUGCUCCUCUGUCCUCGCACAGCGAACCUGGGCUCCUGCCCAGGACAGGCACCAGGGUCAUGGCCUGGGACCUGGACACUGGCCCCUCCACCCUCCCUCCCCUCCCGGCUCCCCGGCCAGAGGGAGAGCUUGGUCUCUGGACCUGCCUUAGGAAGGAGAGGGAGGGCAGGAAGGAAAAGAAAGGACUUGGAGGUGGCAGGAGUCCGGGCCCUGCUCCUUGUGGGCGCUCACACUGCCCCCGGAGCCUGCUGGGAGUGGGGCCGGCCGUGGACAGCUGAGGUUGGGGCCAAUGCCUCCUGGGCACCCUUGCCUCGCCCCAGACCGGCCCGUCCGGUCCCCAUCACACCUCGGCGGCCUUUAUUUAUUCUGUUCCCCCAGCUCGGCCACUUCUCUGAAGGAGGGCUGGGUUCUGGGCCUGUAUCGAAUAAACACAAACCUGGUUGGCGCA